AUGGAGAAAUUAGCCAAAUUCAGCCUGUCAGCAGCAUUAAGUUCAGAAGCCAAAGAUGAGAGCAAGAAGCUGGUGGUGUCCUUUGCAGCCCACAGUGGAGCUAUCUAUGCCAUGCUGUCCACCGAUCGGCAGCUGUUAAGUGCUGGCAAUGGAGAGGUCAAAGCCUGGAACUGGAGCGAGAUUGUGAAAAAAAGUUGCAAAGAGGCUUGGAGUUGGAGGCCACCUUAUGGAAGUAGACUUGAAGUGCCAGAAAUCAACAGCCUUCAAUUGAACCUGAAGGAUAAUACUCUUCUGAUGGCUGGAGGUGACUGUGUCAUUCACAUGAUGGACUUGGAGACUGGAGCCUUUACUCGUGAAUUUCAGGGCCACACUGAUUAUAUCCACUGUUUGGCCCUUCGGGAGCAGCUCCGAGAAUGUCUAUCAGGAAGUGAAGAUGGCACCAUACGUCUUUGGGGUGCCUCCCGCAAUUCGAAAGCAUCUUCUCGCCUCAGCCGAACUUCCCGAAUUUCACAAGAUGAGCAAGCCAUCAGAGAUGCUAACGCUGCUGAAGCUGUUUUUCGCGUGGCACAAGCAGAACAGCUGAAGAAGAAGGAAUUGCAGGCGAUGGCAAUAGAAUGA